AUAUUAAUAAAUUGUUGCUUAAUAUUAGAUGGCUUUUAAUAAUAAGUUAGAGAGAGAUAAACAAAAACUGGUGACUGAAAAGUGUCAACAGAUUUUGGGUCAACUUCUUAGAGAUGAAGACAACAAAUAUUGUGUCGAUUGUGAUGCAAAAGGUCCCCGAUGGACGGCUUGGAAUUUAGGCAUAUUUUUGUGCAUCCGAUGUGCAGGUAUUCACCGCAAUCUCGGUGUUCACAUAUCACGUGUAAAAUCGGUGAAUUUGGACGCCUGGACUCCCGAACAGAUAGCGUGUAUACAAAACAUGGGUAACUCGAAAGCCAGAGCUGUCUAUGAGGCCAAUCUUCCGGACAAUUUCCGGCGUCCGACUACUGACUCGACUUUAGAAGCAUUUAUAAGAGCUAAAUAUGAACAGAAAAAAUAUAUCGCUAAAGAAUGGGUUGAACCGCCGCCUCCUAAACCAGCGUUUGACAUCGAAGAAGAACUUAGAAAAGAAAAGGAGAAGAAGCGCAACAAAGUGAAGGCAUUUCAGAGUCCUAUGACAACAACAGAAUUACAGGCUAACCCUCUUCCCCGUCCAAAUUCUACUGGAGUUAAUAAUGCUAUAAAUGCUGAUAAAAUAGUACAGAAAGUAGAAAACGGAAAAUCCAGUACUGAUCUCUUAGGUCUUGAUAUUAGUAAUUCUUUGACCAACAAAUCAGAUGACGAAUCAUUUGGCCUUUUUGUUAGCUCUGCUGACACUAAAGAAAAUAAUGAAAAUAAAUGCGAUUCUAAGAUAAAAUCAAAUGAAGAAUCGGAUUUCUUUAAUCAAAAGGCAACAGGAGAUGAAAAGAAGGUGAUGUCUAAAGAAUCCAUUUUAUCGCUUUAUGCAAGUGCUUCACCAAUAGCCACAUCUUUACCACAGCAACAACCGAAUGUUGGGACGCAAAAUGCAUCGUUUAAUACUUCAAAUGCACUAUUUAUGGGACAAUUUGUACCUAAUUCACAACCAAUGACAACACAAAUUCCCAAUUCAUUGUUUAUGUCACAAAAUAAUUCAGUCUCUCCUGCAGUCGAUGGUCUGCAGUCAUCAAAUCUAAUGAAUCAAAUGACUCAAUCUAACUUUCCUCUAACGACAAACCCUUUUCUUGCUAACAAUACUUCAAUGAAUUCUAACUUUGGUCAGCAAACUGUACAACAGUUACCGCAACAAAUGUCAUCUUUACAAAUGAAUCCGAUGACAGGUGUCAACCCUAAUAUGAAUGCAAUGGCAAACAGUAGUUCUAAUUGGUUUAAUAUGGUUCCGCAAAAUACUGGCCCUUCAAUGCCAUUGACGACUACAAGUAUUAAUCCAUUCGUAUCGAUGCCAACUUCCAUUCCAACGGGUGUUCCUUUUGCUAAUAAUUUAGGAACAAUUAAUACUAAUUCCGGCUCACUAUUCACACAACCAGAUACUGGUCCUCAAUGGGCUUUUAAUAAUAAUAAUACUUCGUUAAAUCAAACCUCCGGAGUUACCGCUUCAAACAAUUUGUGGCAAUAACUAUGACUGAUAACAAACAAUUGAUUUAUUGUUAAUCGAUAAGAUUCUAGUUUUUAUUAAUCGCAAUUAUCAACAAUAGCUAUACUUGUAAUUAAUAUAUUUAUUUUUAUUUAUUUAAGCAAAUAUUG